UGAUUGGUCUACAAUUCCCCGCGAAUCUUGCGUCACGGGCAGUUUCGCGCCACCGUUCACGUUGAGAAGGAAAACAGUGCUCAAGAUUUAAAUCAAGAUGUCUUCACCAUCAUCAUCCAAAGGUGGCCGUAAGAGAGAGAGGGGCAGUAACCCCCCAACACCCGCGAGUGAGGAUCCCCUCUCCCCACCGUCGCAACGAUCUCGGGCCCAUGACACAUCCAUGGAGCUACAGCCCAUGCCCACAUCUCCAGCCAUGGAUACACAGAGUCCGGCCGCCCAUGACGUGUCUCUGUUCUCCAGUCCUGUGGCUCCUCGCUCAGUUGUUCAGAGUGAGAUCGAUGCGAGUUCUCCGCUGAUGUACGGUACUCCCAGUUCAAGAGUUGAAGGGACUCCCCGCAGCGGCAUACGAGGAACUCCGGCUCGCCAGCGCGCUGAUCUGGGAUCUGUGCGGAAAGCUCCGCAGGUUGACAUGCAUUCAGAACCGCCAUCUGGAGACGGUGUUGCUGCUGGCGAUCAGGGUGCAGGGCAAAGACUCGUGAUCUGGGGGACGGAUGUCAAUGUGGGAACCUGCAAGGAGAAGUUUCAGCAUUUUCUGCAACGAUUUACGGAUCCAAACUCCAGAGAAGAGGAAAACGCUGGUCUGGAUCUGAACGAACCUCUCUAUAUGCAGAAACUGGACGAGAUCAGUGUUGUUGGCGAGCCUGUGUUGAAUGUGAACUGCGGUCAUAUUCAGACAUUCGAUGCAGAUCUUUAUCGACAGCUGAUCUGUUAUCCACAGGAAGUCAUCCCCACCUUUGACAUGGCUGUCAAUGAGCUCUUCUUCGAUCGCUUCCCAGACUCUGUUUUGGAGCAUCAGAUUCAAGUGCGCCCAUACAGCGCGGUGAAAACCAGAAACAUGCGUGCGCUCAAUCCUGAAGAUAUUGACCAGCUCAUCACUAUCAGCGGCAUGGUGAUCCGCACCUCUCAGCUCAUCCCGGAGAUGCAGGAGGCGUUUUUCCGCUGUCAGGUGUGCGCGUUCAACGCUCGCGUGGAGGUGGACCGUGGACGUAUCGCAGAGCCUGCCGUCUGUCGCAACUGCAACACCACCCACAGCAUGGCGCUUGUUCAUAACCGAUCCGGAUUUUCUGAUAAACAAAUGAUAAAACUGCAGGAAUCUCCUGAGGACAUGCCUGCGGGUCAGACGCCCCACACGACAAUCGUUUACGCGCACAAUGACUUGGUGGACAAAGUACAACCUGGAGAUCGAGUGAACAUCACCGGUAUUUACAGAGCGGCACCCAUGCGUCUAAACCCACGACAGAGUCAGGUGAAGUCGGUAUACAAGACACACAUUGAUGCCAUUCACUUCCGCAAGACGGAUGAGAAACGUCUUCACGGAGUGGACGAGGACGGCGAGCAGAAACUCUUCACUAAAGAGCGAGCCGCUAUGCUUAAAGAGUUAGCUGCUAAACCUGACAUCUACGAACGACUUUCCUCGGCUCUCGCACCCAGCAUCUACGAACAUGAAGAUAUCAAGAAAGGUAUCUUGUUGCAGUUAUUUGGCGGAACGCGUAAAGACUUCACCCAGACGGGUCGCGGCAACUUUCGUGCCGAGGUUAACAUCCUGCUAUGCGGAGAUCCGGGCACCAGCAAAUCCCAGUUGCUCCAGUACGUGUAUAACCUUGUUCCACGUGGGCAGUACACAUCCGGGAAGGGCUCCAGUGCCGUGGGUCUCACAGCUUAUGUGAUGAAGGACCCAGAAACGCGUCAGCUGGUUCUGCAAACCGGCGCCCUUGUGCUCAGUGAUAACGGAAUUUGCUGCAUCGACGAGUUUGAUAAGAUGAGCGACAGCACGCGAUCGGUGCUGCAUGAAGUUAUGGAGCAGCAGACGCUCUCCAUUGCUAAAGCUGGAAUCAUUUGCCAGCUCAAUGCUCGGACCUCCGUCCUUGCAGCAGCCAAUCCGGUGGAGUCUCAGUGGAAUCCCAAAAAGACCACUAUCGAAAACAUUCAGCUUCCUCACACACUUUUGUCCAGGUUUGAUCUGAUCUUCCUCAUGCUGGACCCUCAGGACGAAGCGUACGACAGACGUCUCGCCCAUCACCUGGUGUCUCUGUAUUACCAGAGUGAAGACCAGAUAGAAGAAGAACAUAUGGACAUGGCCGUGCUGAAGGACUACAUCGCAUUCGCUCGCACGACCGUGCACCCCCGACUCUCAGAGGAAGCGAGCCAGGCCCUGAUUGAGGCAUACGUAGACAUGCGUAAGAUCGGCAGUGGGAGGGGCAUGGUGUCUGCGUACCCCCGUCAGCUGGAGUCUCUCAUCCGAUUGGCUGAGGCUCACGCUAAAGUGCGUUUCUCAAAUAAGGUCGAAUCCAUCGAUGUGGAGGAAGCAAAGAGACUCCACAGAGAGGCGCUGAAACAGUCUGCAACUGAUCCCAGAACAGGAUUCGUGGACAUUUCUAUCCUCACCACAGGUAUGAGCGCCACAGCACGCAAGCGCAAAGAAGAAGUGGCUCAGGCCUUGAAGAAACUCAUUCAAACAAAGGGCAAAACACCAACUAUGAAGUACCAACAGCUGUUUGAUGAUCUUCGUGGCCAAUCAGAGGCUGCCAUCACUAAAGACAUGUUUGAAGAAGCACUUCGAGCACUUGCGGAUGAAGAUUUUCUGACCGUCACAGGGAAAACGGUUCGACUGCUGUAAACUUUAAUAAAUGUGUGCUGUUUUCCAUUC